AUGAACACCCUCUUCAACACCGCUCUCAAGCAGUCCACCUCUCUCAAACGCGACCUCUCUGCGCCAUCAGGCACACCACUCACACCCUCACUGCUCGGCCAAAUCUCCGCGUCUCUAACCUCCUUCUCCCGAACCCUCGAUUCCUACGCGGACCUCGCAAAAACCGAACUCAACCCCGCUAAGAAAGAGAAAGCCCAGGAUCGAAUAUCAUCGUUUCGAGCCGAGCUCCAGUCUUUUCGCGAGCAACUUAAAGAACUAAAAGCCCAAAACGAAGAUGUUCAAACAAGCGUCAACCGGCAAGAGUUAUUAGGGAGGAGGCCCCAUCACACUGCUACGCCGGACAACCCGUAUUCCAACGCGUCAAUAGCGUCAGCCCCGUCCGCCCAUUCGCCAUGGGCACCUAAAGAAGGCUCAGGGAGUUCGGGCCUUGGAAUGAACAGUGGCGAUUACAACCGAGAACAGCAUGCCAUGAGAGAGCAGAAUUUCUUUGCAAAUACGAACAAUGCUUUGGAUGAAUACCUGGCUCGUGGACAGGCUGUGUUGGGAGACCUGGGCCAGCAACGGGAGAUUUUGAAGGGCACACAGAAGCGGCUAUACAGUGUAGCAAAUACACUUGGUGUCAGUGGAGAUACCAUACGCAUGAUUGAGCGAAGGGCAAAGCAGGAUAAAUGGAUCUUCUGGGCGGGGGUGCUGAUUUUCUUCGGAUUUUGUUGGUUGGUGUUGCAUUACUUGCGAUAG